GACAGAGUUUUCCCAUGAACCCUGGGCAAAAUGCUAGUCGGUUCAAAACAUGCAAAAGACGGUGACUAUCACAUGUAUAUCUGAUGCAGCUGACAUCAUCAUUCGCGGUCUCGCUGGCUCUCUUAAUGCAGCCAAGCUGCAUCACCUGUUAUGGUGCCGUCGAUCCGUUAGUGCCGCGGAGUGAAACGACUGUCUAGGCUUGAUCCCUAUACUACGUAUAUAACAGUUGUCGUACAUCAGUAGUCUUGAAGCAGAACAGAUAUACUACACGUAUGGCGCCAACUGCGACUGGGAACGCAAGUCUUGACCAGAAACCUGCCGAUGACGGCGGCCUUAGUCCAGCCAUCUGGUUCUUAGUUGCCGUGGUCCUGAUCUUCUUCGUCUUGAAUGUCAUCCGGAUCUUCUACAACAAGAGGCGACGCCAGAUCAGGAGUCCUCCGAGGAAUCAGGAAGAGUGCACCCAAACACGACCAGGCGACCUUAUUGGACGUGUUCAGCAAGCUCAUGUAGAGCGCAGAGUCAAGACAGGGAGGAUUCGUAUCAAAGAGCUGGACAAGGUUGCACCACCCCUCACGUUUGGAAUGUGGAAAACACUUCCACGAUCAGAGAACACUUCCGUCGACGAAAGGCUUUCGGCUCACCAAGAAGAAUCCUCGAGUAUACAACCCAGCCACGCGGACUGCUCAUGUCCGGCAGCGGUUCUCGUUCCUACCGAGAAGUCGGCAAUCCUCUGCGCGCCGAUCUCAGUGGCGGGCAUGGAUUCGAUCCCCACCAAGCCUCCAUACUUUGAAAAGGAUGAGGGAGGUGGUUGUGAGGGCUACCCUCUCUGCGUCAUUUGUCACGAUUCCGUGGAAGAUGACGCCCAGAUUCGCCAAUUGCAAUGUUGCCAUCUGUUUCAUGCCGACUGCAUUGAGAAAUGGCUCACCACCUGUCGAGGUUUCUGUCCUACAUGCAAACGCCCGGUCGGGAUCUCUGCAGUGACGAGCUAGUCCAGGACAUAGCGCAGGUUUAGCAGACGACCUGUGUCACUACAGAAUUCAGGAGGUCUCUGGCCUUCAGCAACAACAACAACAGCAGCAGCAGCAGCGGAAGCUACAAGAGCCUGGCAAGCAGCGCUGCUCAUGCUUGACAAGAAUAAGGCUAGGGCGUCAUCCGGCACUUAUUUCUCGGUUCAUUCCGCAGACGGUACCAACUGGGAUCAGUCGACACUUGCACCCAGAUCGAUGCCCUCAACAUGGAUGGAUGCGUAUGCGUUGGAAGAUGCCGACCUCGUCGAAGGUUUUGAGCAGCCCAGCUCUGCUCACCCAUGAUUGAUGUGGAACAUGAGAGGUUCUGCGAAAUCUCCUACCGUGCUCCCCGUCUUUCCCAUCAAGCGGAGUUCCUGUUUGCAUGAGUAGCGGACUCAGUGAUUCCUCCACAUCGCCAGGAAACCUUGAAUCAUCUUCUCGAUCUGCGGGAAGCAAGAUGUCGUCCCCUGUGAUUGGACUGAGUGGAAUUGUCACCGGCGCCGCCUCUGGUAUGAUGCAAGCCUGGCCACCUCUUGAAUGAGUGUCACCCAGUGCCCCGGGGUUCAGUCUUGCGUUCGCAAGAUUACUUGCUUUCAAAGGCCCGAAUGUUGUUGAACCCAGCAUUCAAGAGGUCGUUGUGACUAGGGUCCUGGCGAACCCAGGUUGAAAGCAUUCAUAUUAGCGUGAUAAGGUGACUCUUCCCUCUAAACGAGGCCAAACGUGUCGUUGAAUUCUUGGUCUUCACGUUGUAGCAAGCGGAUGAAAAUGUCCGAGACCUUCGAAGCCAUUCUCCAGACUUUCAGCCGCUUCGUCAUGUCAAUGCACAAGGAGAGAAUCCGUCGUGGAGCGUCCGGGGAGCGCACGUCUCCAACACCCUCGAGAUAGGUUCUACCACCACUCUCAAUCCAAUUUCUUAUAGCUUCUCGAGCCUCGGGUCGACUGCAGAAGGGGGGUUCGUCAAGUUGCACCCGUGUGCUGCUUUGAUCGUCAUUUGUCUCCGGAUUGAAGUACUUUAGGAACGCCCACAAUGAAAUUCCAGCAAGAAACACUGAUAGCGGCUCGUGUGGCGAAUUGAAAGGGUGCCGGCGCUGUAGGUAAAAUACUUGAGAUGCAUGCCACAU